GCAAACUUGGCAAUGAGAGUGAGAUUCGGAUUUGUCAAUGGAGUCUAGAGUAGUAUCCGCUUUAGGAUCCAUGGAUUUGUCUCAUAUUUUUUCCUGCGGAAACUCACGAAUGGUGAAAUCUCUCAAUGUCGUGAUAAGAAAAUUAAUCGAAAAUGGGAACACAGAAACCUCUUAAUUUUUUUUCUUAAUUUGGGAAGAUUUGAAAAAGAACGGAAGUGAAAUAAAUGUAUUCAAAGUUUGUAAACAAGGUGACAAGAGCUCUAAUGUUUUCUGUGGAUUUCAAAACUUGAAUUAUUAAAUUUUUUAAAAUUAUAUUUUAUCUGAAACAUAAUUCCUAAAAUUUAUUUUGUUAAAAAUAUAUGUAGUUUUUAAUUUGUUAACUUUUACUUCUGCCUCAAACGUUUUAAUUUUAAUGUGAUUCAACUUUUGAGGAUGAAUUCUAAAAAUUCAGCAAUCGAAGGUAUUGAGCAAGCUGCAAUUUCUGUUAUCAGACGUGCUGUUCAACAUGACAGCGAAGGGAGAUAUCCCGCUGCAUUAGCUUGUUAUCAAGAGGGAAUUCAGCUAUUCUUAGACGUAAUCAAAAACACGUCUGAUCAAAAGAAACUUGAACAUUUGCGCCAAAAGGCAACAGAGUACAUGACCAGAGCUGAAAAGAUUAAGCAAAUAGUACAGCAACAAAAAGACGCUGGUUCAUACCACGAACAAAUCCAAGUUCCGAAUAAUGGAGUAGGAUUUAGCUAUGAAAGUAUAGUCAGCAAACAUCUUGACAAAUAUGUAACUCUUGUUGAAAUAGAAGAUCCGUACAUUCGAACUGCUCAUCAAACUUAUAAUUUUUUAAGUUUUUGUGAAGUUCUAGUUAGAUUUUGUCCCGAGUUAAAAAGAAUUCUAUUGGUUACAGGUGCAAGUGACCAAGAUUUUGAAAGUCAACAAUCCAGAUUUCAGUGUAUUAAAAAAAGUUUAGCCGGUUAUGAUAUAGUGCUAGACAUUGACUAUUCAACUACGUUACAUGACCGAGAAAUAAGAUUCAAUAAUGGUUGGAUCAUAAAAAUUGGAAGAGGACUUGAUUACUUUAAACCUGUUAGUAAAUUCAGUAUUGGGUUUAAUGACCAGAAUCUUAAGGCAUGUCAUGAAACAACUAUCGAUAUUUAUUUUAAGCAUUCAUAAUGAUUUUUUGGACAUGAAAUGUAAUGAUAUUUAAUUGCUUAAAUACUGUUUAUAUGUGGUUUUUUGAUAUUCUCCUUACCUUAAAGUAUGACUUGUAAAUAAGUCAUUAACUUUGACAUGUUUUUAUACUUACCCUAAAUGUCUUAAUAGAUUUUAUUAUGACGUUCAUAAUAUAAGUGAUCUAGGCUUGUUAAAAAAUAAAUUUUAUAAAGUACAUAAUAGCUCACUCUUUCCUUAUUUUUUUCACCUCACUUACUGUAAAUAACAGGGAUGUGAUUCUUCCGCAAAUUCGCGGAUUUCCGCUGAAAUUUUUUUUUUGCCCAAGUUAAAAUAUUUUAUGAGGAAUUAAAUUUUUUGUGAAGCGAAAGUAUUGAAGUCCUUAUUCCCCCCUCAAACAUUGAUUUUCGUAUUCACCUGAUUUAAAAGUUGAACGUUGCGAUUCUUAAUCAGGCGAUUUAAAUGUCGUACAUUCCGAUUCUUAUUUACAAGAUUUAAAAAUCCAAUAUCGCGAUUUGUAAUUAUUCGCUUUUAAAACCCUAUGUAGCGAUUCGAAUUCACGCGUGCUUAAAACCUAAUCUCGUGAGUUUUUGCGGUUGUAAUAUCAAACAUCGAUUUUCCUAUUUAUACGUGCUUUAAAAAUUAGACAGUUGGAUUCGUAAUCGCACUAUUUAAAAAUUAUGCAUCAUGAUUCGUAUUUACGUGGUCUAAAAAUUACGCAUCAUGAUUUGUAUUUUCCCAUUUUUAAAAUUCGAUAUAGAGUUUCAUAUUCACGUGAUUUAAAAGCCUCAUUUCCAGAUUCAUAUUCUCUUAAUUUAAAAUCAUGCAUGUGAUUCAUAUUUAUAUAUUCAUGCAAUUUUAAAAUUAAUCAUCGGGAUUUAUAAUCACAUGGUUUACAAGUUUAAAAAUUGCACUUUUUUGUCGAAAUUUUUCUAUAUAUAUAUAUAUUCUUGAAUUUCCUCUUUUUUACUUUCCAACUACUCUCAUCCCUGAAAUAAGGCUUUAUAUUAAAUUUACACCAUUCCUGUAGUUGAUUCUUUCUUGCAAAGUUAAGUAAAAAGUUAUAUGAUGCAAGCAGUCAAUCAUCAUGUGCCUGAUUUCCAGCUUAACUCAGAGUUUCCUUCACAUGACAGUUCUUGUCUAAAAGCAGGCUAGGAAAAUUGGAGGUGAAAAAUCAGGUUUUUGUUACUCAUAUGCCGUUAUGCAUCUGAUGUCAGACGUCACGUGUAAAUUGGGAGUUAGUCUUUUUGUUAAUAUAUCUAUACAAAACUUUUUUAGUUGAGGAUUUUAUUACUUUAAGUUUGGUACUAAAUAAAUUAUUACUAUUCUAUUUAUAUAAAUUAUUACUAUAUUAUUGUUUCCAAAUUAGUUAUUGUAGCAGGCAUUGCUGUUAUUGUGGUAAUAGAUUGCUAUUAUACUACUGAUAUAGAUACUGUGGCAAUAAUUUUGUAUUAAUAAAUAUGGAAAUUGGGCAGUGCGAAUAAAUUCAAUUUUGAUUUAUUUAGAUAUAAUCUGUUCAUCUAAAAAAGUUGCUUGAAAGCCAAAUUAUGGGUUACAUAAAAAAACAAUUUUAUGGUUUAUUGGUAAAAACUUUAUCCCAAUAAUGGUUCUUUGUACUAUUAUACCCUAGCAUUGAAGGGAACUCUUUUAAGAGUCCCUUAUUUAUGAUCUUCCGAUGGUAUAUGGACUAUAUUAAUGAUAGCUUUUAUUCAAUCUAGAGAAAAUAACUAAUUAAAUAGAAUUUUAAAGCCCAUUAUGAAAUAAUUAACUUUAAUAAUCAAGGAGGUAUUUUUUAGAUGAUAAUUAAAGUCUUGAUAAAUGCGAUUUAUGAUAAUGAGAACAGAAAACACUUUCUAUUUAAAAAUGAUUAUUGGGAAAUAUUUUUUUUUACAAACUUGGACUUAAUGUAUCUUACUUAUUUGUUUCAGUGUAUUAGUUUAAUUGAAAUAAAAUAUAAUUUUUUUUUAAUGCAGUUGGUGAAAGAAAUAAUCCUAAAUAUCAUAUGGAAUUAGGUAUUAAUUUUUAUUUAAAAACAUUUGAUUCACGAUAAUAGAAAAAAUCAAAUAAUUUUAUUUAGUAAGCCAAACAAAAAAAUUCUUUUAUUACUGAAAAAGAUUAUUUUUAAAGUAAUUACAAUACUGAUUUUUUUUUAAAUAUAUAUAUUGAUUGCAAAGGAAAUUUUAUAUGUUGUAGUUUAGUACCAAUUUCAUAAAACCUCUAUGAUUACUAUGAAUUUUAAUGUUAUGCUUAAAAAAUAAAUAGUUCUUAUUCUGAAAAUUAUUUCUCCCCUUUUUGUACGAAAAUUUUGAAAUAAUAUACUUAAUUUUUUAAUAUUUACAUAUUUUGUUUGUGAAAAAAUUACUUAGUAUUUUUAUUUCUUGUUCAAAUAUGUUUGUUUUUUAGAAGGACUUACUAUGAAGUUUCAAAAUUUCAAUAAAGAGAUUCAUCUUAGAAGAAUCUGAGUUUCUUAAAUAGGAAAUGUUCUUAGAUUGACAAACAUUAUUUUUUUAAGUGUUACUAACUUUGUACAUUGUAAAAUUUAUAUUUUGUUAUUGAUUUUAUUUUGAGAAAGCACUGGCUGAUGCUUGACACAAUGCUGUUUAUUAUAUGUUAAAAUAUUAAAGUCUACAGAUUUAAUAAACAAGUGCCUUCUUUA